AGGAAAACAACUCACAUGGAGUAGAAAAAGUCACCGAAAAACAUUAACCUUUCAGAGAAGAAAAAAUAAUAGAAAAGUUUCAAAUUCUCUGACAAUCAUCAUCUCUAAAUUACCGACAAUUAACUGCAAGAAUUAAAUGUUCACUUGGAAUAAGAAAUCAACAGAAAAACCAAAACAACAAUUAACAAGUGAAAGAAAAACAUAUUAACCUUUCACCGGUAGAUGUCAUUGGAAUUUUAAUUAACCCUUUUGAUAAGAACGAAAUUUUUUUUAUUAUGUGUUCCCUAUUUCUUCAUUGGAUUCACCCAACAAUUAUUGUUAUAAUUAACUAAUUGUUGAUCUUUUACUCUUGUGAAGAUUAAUGUCUAAAUCUACCAGUUAAAUCGCCAUCAUCAUCAGUACAAUUUUAUUGACUAUCCAAAGAGAUUCAACUUACUCUUGACACUUUUUCUGUUUUUGUGACAAUUUUUGUUUUCUCUUUUCUCAUUUUACCGACUUUCCUUUAAUUUUUCCAUGACAAUUAAGUGUCACAAUUAACUGACAACAAUUGAAACAUCGACUUACCGGUGUCUCUUUAUCUAUUGGACUGUUUUAAAUUGUACACGAUCGUUGGAUCCAUGGAUUAGAUGGACUUGCGGAUUUUCCCAGUUACACCAUUGGACAAAUUUUAAUCUCUACUUUUAAUCUUAAUCUUUGUCCUUUUAUUAUCAUUUAAUUUGUUGUAACAUCAUUAAGAUAAUCAUCAACAUCCAAUGGUUAACAACAUUUUAUAUAAAUGUAAUUGUCUCUCUCUCUUUCACUUGUGGUCAUCAUUACCUAACAACAGUAGUUACCAAUCAUCAUCAUCAUCAACAUCAUAAUUACCAUACGAAACCAUUAACCAUCAUCAGUAUCCUCGAUAUAUUUGUGUGUGUAUGUGUGAAUUUCAUUUGAAUUUAUGUUACAAUACACAUUAAAAUAACAGUUAUUAAUGGAAAGAGAAUCAACGAUUAACGAACAACCAUUAUAAUCAUCAUCAUCAUCAUCAUCAAAAUCUCUAAUCUGAAUAUUCACCAACACAAAUUGUGAAACGAAAAUUAAUUCACCAAGACAAGAGGAAAAAGAAAAGACUAUUAACCAAGGAAUCAAUUGAAAAUGAAUGUAAAGAAAAUGAUAUUCAAUGGUAAAUCAGCUGAUAGCAUUUCCACCACCGGCAUCAUGACAUCACCAACAACCAUGACCAAUAUAAGUGUUUCAAGAGUGAAAAGUGCUCCAGUUUAUUGUGAGGCUAAAAAUAGCCAUUCAACUGACCAAUUAAAAGUAAUGGAUUGGAUUAAAGUUAAUCGGAUACAAUUAACAACCCUUUUGAUUGCUCUUGUUUCAUUUAUCUGUUUUAUCCCAUCAAUUUCAAACGAUUUUGUGUUUGAUGAUAUACCAACAAUAAUCAAUAACAAAGAUAUUCGUCCGGAGAAAAGUUUAAUAAGAAUAUUUUUCAACGAUUUCUGGGGAACACCAAUUAACAAGGAAGAAUCACAUAAAUCAUAUAGACCUUUGACAAUAUUAACUUUCCGUUGGAAUUACAUGCUCCAUGGUCUACAGGUCACCGGAUAUCAUCUAGUCAACAGCAUCCUCCAUAGCAUUGUAUCAGCAUUAUUUUUCAGGUUGUGUAUUUGUUUCAAUCUUCAGUUCUGGGAAUCAGUAAUUGCCUCAAUCUACUUUGCCAUUCACCCGAUUCAUGUGGAUGCGGUAGCGAGUAUUGUUGGUCGAGCUGAACUUUUAUCAGCUUUAUUCAGCCUUUCAGCUUUACUUUAUUGGUGCCACAACAAUAAUCAUAAUGAUAACUAUCACCAUCAUCAUCAUCAUCAUCAUCAUCAUCAUCAUCAUCAUCACCCCGAUAAUGAUUAUACCAACGAUAAUAAUUCAGAUAAAUCAAUUUUGAUUGUCUUCGUAUUGACAUUGAUUGGAACCUUUUGCAAAGAGCAAGCAUCAACAACCUUAAUUGUUUGCAUUUUUCACGAAUCACUAUUUAAAUACAAUUUACGAUCAAAGAUACUCCAAAAUACUGACCGAUGGGUUAAUUGGGUAAAAAGUAAUUUCAACUUGAGAAAUAUCACCAAUUCCAAUGGAAAACAGUCUAACUGUAAAUUAUCAUCUUCUUCAUCAUCAAUGGUUCCUCAAUCAAAAAGUUCUUGUGCCUUUUAUGCAAAUAUCUUUUACUUUUCCAUGGGUUUCAUGACAAUUUCCUGCCUUCGAUUUGCCAUCAUGAACAAUAAGCUUCCCUCCUUCAACAGACUAGAUAAUCCAGCUCGUAUAUUAACAUCACCUUAUCGACAGCUUAACUAUGCUUUUAUUUGGUCUUAUAAUUGUUGGCUUUUACUUUAUCCGGUCAAUCUAUCAUGUGAUUGGUCAUCAACAUCAAUUCAACUAAUCGUCUCACUGAUUGAUCCAAAAAAUAUCCUUACACUUUUACUAUUCAUCUCAUUAACAGUUAUCCUAUUGAAAGGUGAUACAAUCACUUGGAUGGCAAUGGGAUUCAUGGUGAUCACAUUUUUACCCGUAUCCAAUAUAUUUUUCCCGGUGGGUUUUGUUAUCGCUGAAAGGGUUUUAUAUUUACCAUCAAUGGGUUUCUCAAUGAUACUUGCCCGAGGGUUUAUUUUACUUUACUCAUCAAUUAUCAUCAAAAGUAAAAGAUGGAUACAAUUAACAUUUUAUUUGCUCACAAUCGUAUUCCUAUCAAGUUUAACAAUCAAAACAACCCACCGCUGUAGUGAAUGGAAAAAUGAGUUAUCAUUAUUUACUUCCGGGUUGAAUGUUAAUCCAGGUAAUGUGAAACUAUUGAACAAUGUUGGCAGAUUAUACGAGGAUCAAGGUAAUCUUGCUUUGGCUUUAAGUUACUAUGAGAAAUCAGUUACAAUUGAGCCAGAUGAUGUUCGAGGCUACCUGAAUUUAGGUAAAGCAUUGACCAAAAUCGGACGUUUACCGGAAGCGGAAAUGUUUUACCGUAAAGCGUUGGAUUUGAUACCAAAAUCAAGCAGGUCAACAUCACCUCUCAAAAAUUCAAAUGAUAUUUCUGAAAAUAUUGAUCCCUUACCUGUGGAUAAGUUGUCAGCAAAUUCAUACCUUGCAUCACUUUCUUCAAGGUCAUCACUUUCACUCUCAUUAUCUUCACUGUUGACCUCAUCUUCAGCGCCAUUACUGCCAACUCCAUCAUCAUCAGUAUCUUCCUUAAUUGCUGAUAAACCUAUUGAGCAACAAAAUACUGAUCAAAGUAAAAUAAUUGGAAGGUUAUCUUUCCCUGUUUAUGAGAGACUGGUCAACCAAGGGACCAAUACUGACCAUAAUGAUUAUACCCUGAUAGACUAUAAUGAUGCCGUUAAUGGUCAUCAUCAAGAUGAUAAUUUGAAAGAAUCAAAAACAACAACAACAAUUACAACUGAUAACAACUUAUCUUCAUCAAUUACAUUAAAUCAUUUACAGGGUUUGCUUAAUUAUGCCUCACUUAUAAGUCGAGAUGAAUCUCGUCUUGAUGAGGCCAAUCGGAUGUUUCUAACUAUCGCCUCCCUGAGACCAGAUUAUUCAGCAACAUAUUCAACAUGGAUUCAAUCCAUGAUCAAUGCUGGUUCUGUAAAUAAUAACAAAAAUCAUAAUGAUAACGAUAAUGACGCAACCACCAUCAAUGGUAAUCAAUUCAAUGAUGAAACAAUUUUAUCUCAAUUUACCUUAAACAAUAAGCAAACGGAUCCAAAUAUUUUGUACAAUAUGGCGAUAUUAUUCAAUAACAAUGGAAACCUUGAAAAUGCUCUCAAUUUAUUUGAUCAAAUUCUUAAAAUUGAUCCUUAUCAUCAAGAAACUUUAUCAACAUCAGCUCGAAUAAUUAAAGAUAAUGAAUUAAUUGGUGACUAUUUAACAAUUGCAAUUGAAAGACUCGAGACUCUUGUCUCAAUGGGUAAAGCAGAUGAAACCGUUUACUUUGACCUGGGAAUGCUGUCCAUCAGGUCAGGAUCAAUGGCCACUGCAAGAAAACAUUUCGCCAAAGCGAUCGAGUUGAAACCAAAUUUCACUGAGGCUUUAUUCAAUAUGGCAUUACUAUUGUACAAGGAGGAUCAACCUCAAGAUGCUUUACCAUUUCUCAAGUUCAUCUUAAAGGUGAGUUAAUCAUUUCUUGAUUGGAUUAUCGGACAUGGAAAAGCUUUACUAUUAAUGCUCGCCAUCAAUUCAAGUACCAAUGAGGUCGACGAUCAAAGUGGAUCACUUAAAGUUCAACAAUUACCUUCAUCUUCAUCUCCAGAGUCCAAAGAGUUUUUUGGCGCUCAAUCAAAUUCAAAUACAUUCUAUACAUAGAAAUUAAAAAGAAAGAGAGACAAAUAAGAGAAUGAUUUUCAAUAUAUAAUUUUAUACACACCAAAUGGUUAAGAAGAAUGUAAUUCAAUUAGAUUAAUUGUGAAAAGGAUUCAAUGUAAUUUUUGACCGAUUUAAAUAAUCAAACAACUAAAGAAAGUAAAUUACACAGUAAACUCAGUGCCAUCUAUUGAGGCCUCUUGUAACUUCUGCUCGAAAAAAAUGAAUGAAUGAAACUCAAUAAUACUACUGAAUCCAAAUAAUUGUUGACCAUUUAGCUUUCGAUUAAACGAUUGAAUAUUAAAUGGAAACAUUCAGCCUUGUGCAGAAGUAAACAAUUGAUCAAUUUAUAAACUAAUUUAACAAAAUUUAUCCAACAGAUUGAUACAUUUUAAAAGCAUUUUAAUAUUUGAAUUCUGGUU